CGGGUGUCGUGCGUCACGACGCCGCCAGCUGAUCGGAGGCUGGAGCCGGUGUGUGCUGGACGCUGGGGAGAGACGGUGGCGCCGGCCGAGGGGAGCGGACGCGUGGGACCGGCUCCCUCCCAAUCCAGCUUUCCCUCCCCCCCAGCCUGCGCUCAGGUUCCUGCGCCCCCGCCCGGGACCAGGUGGGUGUGAGCCGUGGGGGCCGCGCUGGGAGUGGGGUCCGGCGGCCACACCCUGCACUCCGGCCAAAGAGAGGGCGGCGAGAUGGGUGGGUGCCCGCCCCGGUAGAGGGGCGUCAACCCAAGUCCGAUACGGGGAACCCUGGCCAGGGGAGCCCAAGUCCGAUACGGGGGAGGGUGGGUUUGGGAGAAGAUUCAGGUUCCUCGAACGGUGAUAGGGGCCGGGGCGGCCCUGCCGCUGGCCAAGCGCAGACCAGGGUCCUGAGUCUAGGACCGGGGAAGCCAGCGUGGCGUCCGGCCCGGGUAAGUUUACGAACCAGAUCCGGCGGGAUGGGGCGGUCGGGUCGCCUCGCUCUGCCUCCCUCCCUUCCUAGCGCAAGCUCGGCCCUGGUCCCGAGUCCAUCCCCUGUCCGGGGAGGGGUCGCUAGACGGGACGGCCCCUCCUCUCGGGGGGUGGAGUAGGGGAACCUUUUGUAAAGGAGGGGGCUAGUUAGGGGCGGCGGCGCGGGGGUCUUAUGCAACUCCCGGGCUAAGGUUUCAUUUGGGGGUGGGGGGGCCUAGAAACUCUCUCUCCCCCUCCCCCUUCGCCCCUUCCCUGGCCCGGCGGGCUUGGGCCUUGGGAAGGUCACCUCUGCACCUCCCCCCUGCCCCGCCCGUGUGAGCGGCCCCCAACCCAGGCCCGGCCCUGACCGCCCGGGAAGCCGGCUGGCUGGGUGGGGCGGUCUGAGUUAGUCAUCACUGGGCUCCCUUCCCCGCCUCCUCUCCUCUUUUCUCCUCCCUCCACUCCCCCUACUAUUGGCCUCUCUGGUGGCCUCCCUGCUAUCUUCCCCCACCCUUAAGUCCCAGGCCCUGACUCCAGCUGCCACCAUGGCUUGUCCUCAGAGCUGUCAGGGUGCCAAAGGGGUGAUAGAGUAACUGGUCAGAGGGUUAGUGCCCCGGUCCUGCCUUUCUGCCAAGGGCACCUGCCUGGCUCAGGACUGGCAGGAGCAGAGCCUUGUGGGCUGAAGGGCUGGGGGAGGGGGCGACUGAGAGCUUGGUACAGAGGGCACAUUCUUACGGCUCCUUUUCUGGAGAGUGGAUGUGCCGGAUUUACCCUGGGCCUCUGGCUACCUGCCCUUCUUUCUGCCCACGGGGAGCAGAAGUGUGCUGCUGGGCACUUUGGGUGGGGAGUAAGAGCCCCACACCCUGGGAGGGACGGAUCCCCUUGGCCUAAGGCAGGCAGGGCCCCGGGCCACCCAACUCCCGGGUCCCAGCCACACCCCCAGCCCCCUCCCUGGGCCAUGCUGCAGGCCGUGGCUUUUCCUGCUGAUUCAUGCGUUGGAGCCUCGGGGGCGGGGCCUGGGACUUGGAACAAAGUUCAGACACGGAGGGGCCGGCAGACAGCCUGGAAUUCAUACCAGAUGUACCCGGAAUGCGCAAGCGGAAUGCCUGGCAUCCAAGAGGCCUGGGGAACCUGCCCAGCCACCCGCCCCCUGCUGCUCUCUGCUCAGGCCCCUAGCCUGAGUCACCCUCUUUCAGAUCCCCACUCUUCCCUUGCACUGCUCCUCCCACCCCACACACUUUCCCCUUCCCCUAGGCCUCUGCCACCCUCCUUCUCUGGAAGCUGAACUUCCCAGGAAGAGCUCCCUGGGCUGACCACUGGUCCAAGGAGCCUGGCCUGGCUGCGCCCCUCACCUGGGGCUUCCUUGGGGUGGUUCCUGGGCCAGCUUGUUGGAGGUGCUGCUGAGCUCAGUUCUGCCUGUUGGUUUGUUUGGUUCUUUUUUUCCCCUGUAGUGUAAAGGCCUACCGUGGGCUGGGGCUAUGAUGUGGUGGUGGGGAAAGGCCUCGAAACGGUGUGAUGGUGGCAACUGGACCGUGGCCCUGCCUGGCAAUUAGUGCCCCAGGAUGGCUCUGACCAGCUUCUUCCCUCUUCUCCCCCCUCCUCCCUCCACUCCCCAGGAUCCUGUGCCCCCACACACACUCCUGGCCGAGCCACAGCAGUUCUUCAGUGGCGAGCUUUAUGUCUUGUCCCAGCUAAAGCUGCCAGUUGAAGAACUGCUGAGCUCUGCUCCUGUCUUCGAGGACGAGGAAGAGGCGCCGCCCUGCCAUCUAGAAGGUGAAAGGCCCCAGGGGUGGGGGGAGGGGAGCAGAGCCACCCUGGGGGUGGGAGGGUGGCUUCCUCCAACAUAACCCCUGAAACUGGGCAGUGGGAGGGAGGGAUCUGAGGGCCCUGGGCUGUGGAAGGAACGCUUUGCUCUCUGUCCCCCAGCAAGGCCCUUGUGUGACCAGAACCACGAAGGGAGGGCCAUCUCUGACUCUUCUACCCUUCCACCCCACCCCCCUUGCUGUAGAAGACUCUUAUUUCCUAUUUACUCCCCUUCCUGAACAGUCUGUUCCAGUAAAACUGCCCGCUACCUGUUCCGUGCACAUAACCUUCCAUCUCCUGCCUUUGUACAGGUGGCCCCUGAAGCCUGGAAUUGUCUCCCUCCUCGAACCCCUAGCUUCUGGCAGAGCCCCUCAGGUGCCCCCUCCUGCUGCCUCCUCAGGUCAGCGGAACCUAGAACCCUUCUGCUCCUCUGUAGAAAGAGGGGCUCAGCCUCGCUUAGCUCUAAGGCUUCCUUCCCUCCGCUUCUCAGUUUGCCAUCAAUGGGGUUCCCCCAAUUAGCAGCUCUUUCUGCCUUAGUUAUUUCUCCUUGUGUUUGGGGGCGCAGGUUUGCUUCUCUUCCCCGCCCCCUCAAGUGUAAGUUCGUUGAGGGCAGGGACUGUUUGUUGGCUUUCCAUCCUUGUAUCCCUCUCACCCGAGCUGGUUAAUAAACACUUGCUGGUUGACCUUUGCGUUUCUGGCAGUUUUCCUCAUCCCGGUCCGUCCUGCUGACCUCUGUGUGAACGCAGAGCAGGUUUAUUUAUAAAGGGAAGUGAGAUCCAGCCUUAUUCCGGAGCCUGCAUUCAGGGCUGCUCUAGGCUUCUAGUCCUGACUGAUCUCUCACCCCUGCUAGGAUUAAGUUCCCUGUUUGACUUCAUAUGAAGGGGAUGGGAAAGGAAGGAGGGACCCAGGACUCCAAGAAAAUCAAGGCUGGGAUGAAUAAAACAACGGGAAAAUGUUAGGCUAGAAAGCUUUCUGUAUCAAUUUGGAGGGCUCUUUUUGGUCCUGUGUGCUCUCUGAACCCUUAUCUCCCAUAAUCUUAAUCCCUAGAACCUUUCCAGAGGCAGUUGGGGAGUGGAGGGGGAGGGAAGACUCUUCAGGUACUCUGGGCUGCUGCUGCUAUCACUGUAAGGGCUACUGGGAGGAUAGUGUGGGAGAACUCAUUGUUCUUCUUUGACCGAUUAACCUAUCCCCCAAACCAGAAAAAAGGCUGCAUUUCUCAGCAGGGGCCCGGAGUGGCUGCUGUGGCCUGCUGCUACUCUUCUGGCUCCCCACGUUGUGUGGGAUUUCCAGAAUGAAGAAAAGUAGAACUUAAAUGUCAAGAGCUCCCCUCGCCCAUAUGCUGGGGCGCUAGGACACCCAGCACCAGAGAGACUAAGAUGAAGAGGGAACCACCAUGGGCAGAAGGCAGGGUGGGCCUGCUGGCCACAUACCCAACCCAGGCUAUCCCUGGCCUGAUUUUAGUCUUUACUCAAUUUUUUGAUGGCCCAGAUUUCCAAUUGUGAUGGUGGAAGGCCAGGUACAGAAGCUAAAAGAAUCUACUUCACAGGGGUUCUAGGAAGGUCAAGAGUGGAGUGACGCUGGGAUGUUUCCUCCAGCUCCCGGGCCCCAGAGGGUUAAUGAAAGGGAGAUUUACUUGCCCUUUGGGGGAUGGAGGAGGCCUACAUCACUAGUCCCUUAUCUGGGUAAAUGGGCCAGAGAAGGCAGGGAGGCCUACUCUAAAAGCUGGGUCGGGUCCCCUAGCCUUAUUCUUUUCACUUGCCAGGCUUUGCUUCUCAGUCCCAUCAGAGAAAACCUUCCUGGCCUUCCCUGUCCCAAGGAAACAGCCUUUCCCCAGCCCCCCUCAUUUGUUAGUUCAUAUCAGCCUUGCCACACGGAUACCCGAGGAGGGAGGAAUGUGGUGGGGUGCCCCAGGGAGGUGGGGAUGGCCCUAGAAACUGGUCCCAGGUGUAGAUAUGGAAGUCGCCUGCCAGAUGGCAGGCUGUGAGCAGGAGGGGGGUAGAGGCAGGGGGCAAACUCAGGUGUAGGAGCAGAAGCAUCCGUCCUUGAGCCAGGCAAGGGGCAGGGCUCGUCCCUGUGGGAUUUCCCCCCAAAGCAAGUUUAUCUGUGUGCAAGCACUCAACCUUGAAUGAGGAAAGAAUUCAUGGGGCAAAAAAGGUGUUUGUGGGAAGAGAGGCCCAACCUUGGUGAAGGUUGGGGAGAGCGUGUAGGAGUCGGCCUUUCUUGGUGCCAGCUCAUGACUCUCAGAGUCCCUGCCCUGCCUCCACCGAAGGGGCUGAGGACCCCUGCUGCCCCUUCCCAUCCCUGCUGGUUUGUGGGUGACAAGGGAGGCGCUGUCUCUACCAGAGGGGUCUUUCAAUGGCCUGAAUCUGGAGACUAGAUUUCUCCCCUUUGUGACCACUCCCCCCCACGCACACUUCUUUAGAGGGCCAAGAAUGCUUCCAUCCCUUUCCCCCUCUGGCCUCAGCUGCUUGGGUGGCCUCUGGGAGGAUGAGGUGUGUCCCAGAAUUCUGCCUUCUUGACCUGGAGUAACAUUUGUGCAGGCUGAGAAAAAAGGGGGCUCUCAGGGCAGCCUCGCCAUCAUCUUUGCGGUGUGGCAUUUAUAGAGAGGUUUAGUGUUUGCAAAACACUUGACAGGUUUUACUUAAUCCUCACUGAUCCUGAGGAGUGUUAACCCCUUUUACAGAUGAAGAAACUGAGGCACAGGUUAAGUGGUACAUACCAGUAAAGUGAGGCUGGAUUUGAACUCAAGCCUUCACUCCACCUACACCAGACUUUAUAGUGCCAAGAUAAGGGGGUGGGGGAGAAAGUCUUAGAAGUUGAUGGGGUGGGGGCAGUUAGGUGAUUCUGUGGAUGGAGAGCCAGGCCUGCAGACAGGAGGUCCUGGAUUCAAAUUUGUCUAGUCGUGUGACCCUGACCAAGUCUCUUAACCCCCAUCGCCUAGCCCUAGGAUUCUUCUACCUUGGAACCAGCGCGCAGUUCUGAUUUUAAGACGGAAGGGAAGGGUUUUAGAAGGAAAAAAAAAAGUUGACCCUGGCCCCUCCCUCCCCAGUUCCUCUCAGUAUGAUGAUGCUCGGUGGCUCAUGGUUCCGAAGGGGUCUUGACCGGAAGGAGGGGGCGGAGCGCAGGUGUCUUGGGUGGAGGGUGCACCCCGCCUCUGCCUUCGAGGCCUAGCUGGGAAAACUAAACUAGGGAAAGGUUGAAGCUAGGAGUGGGGGGAUGGGAGUGGCGAAGGGAACCAAGGGGAAAGGUGCAGAGGCGGGGCCCCCUUGGCCCUUGGAAGGCCUGGGGGCCACGGAGAACCUUUCGGCUGGCAGUCCGGCCUCAGGCGAGCCUUUCCAAACUCCGAGUGAAGGCACGAAGAGGUUCCAAGCCCCCAGAAAGCGAGAGGGUACACGUGGGAACCCCCUGCUGGGACCACGCGAGGGCGGGACCCGGUCGGUUGCCGUGGUUACGGAGGCGGGCACCCGGCGGGCGCGCCAAUGAGAAUGGAGAUCAGCGCGUGGGGGCGUAGCCAAACUCCAGAAGCUUUACCAGAGGUUCGAGGUUUGGCAGCCGGGCCGGGAAAGCUCUGAAGCCGAACCCGGACUGGAGCGAUGGCGCUGGCUGAACUCGCAGCGGCGGGAGCGUCGUUCGCCGUGUUUCGGGGGCUGCACCGGGGCCUCGAGUUGCUGCCCAGCCCGCGCCUCGCCGCCCCCCAGGACCGCUGGACGUGGAGGAAUAUCUGCGCUUCCUUCGUGCACAGCCUGCUGUCUGGGGCUGGGGCAAUGCUCUGGAUGGCCCACUACUCACAUCUGGUGUCGGAUUUCACCCACAGCUGCCCCCCCAGGACGGUCGCUCUGGUCUCACUGUCCAUCGGUUAUUUCCUGGCAGACGGGGUGGAUCUUCUGUGGAAUCAGACAUUUGGCCAGUCCUGGCAGAUGCUUUGUCACCACGCCAUGUCGGUGAGCUGCCUGGCCACGGCUGUGCUGCCUGGCCAUUGUGUGAGUGUCUCAGUGGUGCCUCUGCUUUUGGAGGUCAACUCGGCCUGCCUGCAUUUCCGAACGCUGCUUCUGCUCUCCGGCCAAACCUCUACUGCGGUCUUCGGUCUGGCCAGCUGGGCCGCCCUGGCCACCCUGCUGGUAUUCCGCCUCCUGCCCCUGGGAUGGAUGAGCCUGCUGCUCUUCUGGCAGCAUCAGCACUUCCCCCUGGGCCUCAGUGCCCUCUGGGGAGUCGGGCUCUUCACCAUCACCGUCAUGAGCGUUAAGCUGGGCAUCGACCUGGUGGUGAGCGACGGCCUGUGGGCCCAGACCCAGCUCUUCAUCUCUGCCAAGAAGAAGGCCCAAAGCGACUGGGAAUGUGGGGGCGGGGAUGCCACCAGGCGCCCCUACAGAGACGCCUCCCCCAAGCGGCAGGAUUAGGUCGGGCUCGAGGUGUCCCGGAUGCUCUGGGCCCGUGAGGCUGGGUCAGGGAGGAGGGCGGCUUCUCGUCAUUGGCCCUAGAACUCGCCGGCCCGGUUCUCCCUCGUGGUCCGGGAGGAGGAGGACUCCUGGAGCGUGGCUGGGACGCCACCAUAUUCCUGGUGCUGAGGCUAAUGGCCGAAGUGGGCACAUCCACGUUGACUAUUUUUUAUGAGGCAGUUAUUCUCCGCAUUAUCGUACCUAGGGAAAUGCAGCAGCAGAUGGAGGCAGAAAGGGUUGAGCCAGCUGAACGUGCCCGAGUAAACAGGGCCAGGUAGGAAGGACCACAGCCGUGACAGAAACAUGGCGAUGGAUGUCGAUCCCUUGGCAGCUGCCUGGAACCAGCGGGAAUGGUGGUCCGGCUGAUCUAGACACCGUUGAAUGUUGGGCAAGAACUAAAUUUCCGGGCUGUUGGUUUGUUGUUUUUAGUUGCACUGAUAAUUGUGUACCCCAACCCUAACUGCUUCUCCCAUCAUCCUCUAUUCCUGUCUCUCCUUAAAGAAAAUAUAGAAACUCCCAAGUCUGGA